AUGCGAGCAGGCGUUUUGCAUCAGUUAGGAGCCUCACCCGUCUAUACCGAAGAUUGGCCAGAACCAUCAUCAAGUAGUUCUUCUUCCAAUGAUCAAGAAGUACUGGUUCAUAUGAAGGCUUGUGCCAUCAAGAAUUUAGAUAAAGCUCGUGCCAGUGGAAAGCACUAUUCAAGCCACUCGGAAUUACCUGUGGUCGUUGGAAUGGAUGGAGUUGGAAAAUUACAAGAUGGAACUCGAGUGUAUGGAAUGGGUACCACAGGAAUGCUUGCUGAAUAUGCUCUAGUCGAUCGGAACAAGUUGAUUGCUUUGCCUGAUCAAGUGGAUGAUUGGACGGCAGCUGCCCUUCCGAACGCAGUGUUGGGAUCCUAUUUGGCUUUGUUUGAUCGAGGCUUGAUGAAGAAGGGAGAUGUAGUGCUGAUUAAUGGGGCCACUGGAGUCACAGGUAGAUUAUGUGCUCAAUUAGCUAAAUAUUAUGGAGCAUCCAAAGUCAUUGCAACAGGAAGAAAUCAACAUUCACUCAACAAAUUACAGAAUGAAUAUGGAGUGGAUCAAACCAUUUCAUUAUUGGAGAAGGAUGAGCAUGUGUUGAUCGAGACAGUUCGUGCUAUUCAUGAACUCACUCCAAUUGAUGUAGUUAUUGAUUAUUUAUGGGGUCAUCCUAUGGAGUUGCUUUUGCGAGCUCUUAAGGGCUCUGGUUUGCAUUCAUUCAGUCACAAAGUCCGAGUUGUGACUGUAGGUUCGAUGGCAGGAGAGCACAUUCAUCUUUCUUCAAGUAUUUUACGAAGUUCAGCAAUAGAGAUUUGUGGAUCUGGUUUUGGGAGCUUCUCCGUUGAAUCUAUGAGAGAAUUUUAUGAGAAGGUUUUACCGGAAAUGUUUAAGCUUGCUGGACAAGGGAUUAUUAAAGUUGAAACAGAAGUGGCAGACCUUAAAGAUGUUGAAAGUGUAUGGAAUAAGGAAUUUGAUUCUGGUAAAAGAUUGGUCAUUCGUAUUUAA